GUUCUCUUUUUCUUUUUUUUUAUUUGUAUUUUUCUAAAUGGAGGAAACUUUAAUACCAAAGAGGCCAAGAGAAGAGCCCCAAGUAAAAUUAGAAGAUGUAGAUUGUGAAGAGUCCUCAAAGAGGCACAAGCCAUACAACCACAUACUCUCUCUUCUUGAAUCAGAGGAAGAUGAUUCCACAGAAGACCUCUCUUCUCUUGUAACAACCCUCCAACAAGAAAUCACUUGUGCCUCUGAUUCAUCAGAUACCCUUUUGAGCCCACCUCAAAAUAAUGGCCAACACAACCUAGCCACCAAUUUAGAGGACUGUUCAACCUCUACCACUUUUUCUAUCACUCAUUCUAAUGAUAUUAUUGUCAAGGAAGAUGAUAAAGAGAAGGUCAUGAGACAUCUUCUUGAAGCUUCUGAUGAUGAGCUUGGGAUUCCAAAUAGAGAGGAAUAUGGGUUACUGGAUUUUGGUGAAAAUGGGUUCAACGGUGGAGACAUGUUUUCUUCUAUAUGCGAUGGGUUAUGGGAGCUUGAAGAUGAAACUGCUAACUACUAUGCUUUGUUGCAAUCUGAAUUCUUUCUCUAGUUUCUUUGACCUACUUGUGGGGACAAUAUUAGAAAGUGAAAAGCAAAAGUUAUUCAUGUCUUAACAGUUGAAAUUUAAAACGAGAAAAAUUAAAGAAGGAAGAUGCAUAGAGAAAUUAAGGCAUUUUUUUUUCCCCUUCUUGUUUUUAAUUUUUAGUCCCUAUAUUUGUAAAGAU